GGAGAAGGAAGGAAGUAAGUGGCUGAGCUGCUGGGGGGGAAGACAGAGGUGCGUUCCAGUCGUGUGGGAAGAGGGAGCCUCAGGUUUUUGCGUCUGCAGCUAACCUUGCCUUGCCUUGCCUCGCCUGGAACCUAACUAUCUGACAGUUGCUACAGACUCGGCCUGCACAUUUAGCUGCCAGGCAUUCAUAAUGGAGCGGGCUGUUAAGGAGAACCACAAGCCUUCUAAUGUGAAGAUUUUUCACCCCAUGACUGAGGGAGCUAAACGUAUCCCAGUUAACCAGCCGCAGAGCACUCAGUUUAGGCCUCCUGGGACUGCAGUCUCUGCCCAGAGGAUAUUGGGUCCCUCUAAUGUGCCGCAGCGAGUGUUGGCUCAGGCUCAGAAACCUAUUCUGUCCAGUCAGAAGCCAACGACUCAGAUCCCCCUGCGGCCAGCAACUCAAGGGCAUCAGUCCAGCAAACCACAGGGACCAAAUGAGAAUCGCAAUCCACAGCAGACAAGCCAUUCCUCCACUCCAAAUGUGGAAAAGAAAGGAAGCACCGAUCAAGGAAAAACUUCAGCUGUUCCCAAAGAGGAGGGCAAAAAGAAACAAUGGUGCCUGGAAGACUUUGAAAUAGGGCGGCCCCUGGGCAAAGGGAAGUUUGGAAAUGUUUAUCUGGCACGCGAGCGGGAGAGUAAAUUCAUCCUGGCGCUGAAAGUCCUGUUUAAAUCCCAGCUAGAGAAGGCGGGCGUAGAGCACCAGCUACGGCGGGAGGUGGAAAUUCAGUCCCAUCUCAGGCACCCCAAUAUUCUCCGGCUCUAUGGCUAUUUCCACGAUGCUUCCAGAGUCUACCUAAUCCUGGAUUAUGCCCCUGGUGGGGAGUUGUUCAGAGAGCUGCAGAAAUGCACAAGAUUUGAUGAUCAGAGAAGUGCCAUGUACAUCAAACAGCUGGCAGAAGCCCUCCUGUACUGUCACUCCAAGAAGGUGAUACACAGGGACAUCAAGCCAGAGAACUUGCUGCUUGGCUCCAAUGGAGAACUGAAGAUCGCCGACUUUGGCUGGUCUGUGCAUGCUCCAUCCUCCAGGAGGACCACUCUGUGUGGAACACUGGACUAUCUACCUCCUGAGAUGAUCGAGGGCAGAAUGCAUGAUGAGACGGUGGACUUGUGGAGUCUGGGAGUUCUCUGUUACGAAUUCCUCGUAGGGAAACCUCCGUUUGAGACUGACACCCACCAGGAAACCUACAGACGUAUUUCAAAGGUUGAAUUUCAAUAUCCGCCAUAUGUAUCGGAAGAGGCAAGAGAUCUUGUCUCAAAGCUGUUAAAGCACAACCCAAACCACAGGCUGCCACUGAAAGGGGUUCUCGAACAUCCAUGGAUCAUAAAAAAUUCUCAACUCAAGAAGAAAGACGAGCCCCUUCCAGGCGCCCAAUAGGAAAUCUCCUGAGGCUCCGACUCUCUUCCCAAAUGUGAGAAGGCAUAACCGUUUGCACCUGCUAGAUAACGCCUCUUAUUUUUAAUUGGGAGGUGGCUAAUCCUUCCAAAAGUGAGGGGUGAUCAUGAUCUGGCAACUCAUUGCUCAGUAUUUGCUUAUUGACUCAAACACAAGGCAAUGUACCACGGAACACUCAGUCUUAUGUGGCUUCUGUGAAAAGGACUGAUCUAGAUUUGGAACAACGGGUACUUGCAAGGCCUGGUGCUUAAUUUCCACAACCACUGCUCUGCUGUUGGCACAGGUUCUCUUUAUAUCUUGAAGGAUAUUUUUACACAGACCCGGCAGUCUGUAUAUGCACUGAGAACUGUAAAAUCUGCUAUUUCCGACUGCUACAACAAGCAAGUUAUUCUCUACUGAAUGCUGUAAUAUACGGAGAUUCUGAGGUGCAAUAGCGAUAUGAAUACCUGGGUAUAUUUAUUAGGCUGCUAAUAUGGCUGUCACCGUACAACGCUACUUGAAUACUGAGUGAAUGUAAAUACAUAUUCUGUAUUAAUCUCGUAUGUCCUUUUAUAUGUAACACUUUUUAAAAAGGCAAAAAAUCUGUUCUAAGAUGUUCCUUUUUUUUUUUUUUUCUUCUUCUGUUUAAAUGUUUUAAAAUAAAGCUUUGAUUAAAAAGAAA